UUCAACAAUCGGUUGUGUUGCAGUGCCUUGAUAAAUCUUGCAGGCUUCUUAUUCUUUACAACCAACCUUAUUCCGACCGUGGUACAGCUUUGCCCGUUAUGGCCGGGCUAUUCAGUAUCCAUGGUGGACGCUUCUACGGCGGCUGCCCGUCAAGUCUGUCACUCCUGCAGCGUCGAGAAGCCUCUUGAUCAAUUCCAGUCCUUCCGAGGGCCUCGCCGGACCGUUGUUGAUUGUGCAGAUUGCCGCAACCGCAAAAAGGCGCAGAGAGAUGGAUCAACCUCCAGAAUCCAAUCGGCUGCUGCAGCUGCCCGAGGGGAUAGCCUAAACCCACCUCCUGCCCCUGUGCCUCGGCAAAAUCUCACCCAUCUCUUUCUUUCUGAGCGGUACCACGAAGGCGGCCGUGUUUCUACGGAUUCGACCGAAAUGGCAGCUGCGCGCAAUGAGAUUUCCGCUAUCCAGCGACGCCACCGUGUUGAGCGACGCCAUGGUGGAGAAACUUCCCAGACCCCGACAAUGAGCAAUCUUCUUCACCAACAACAACCUCCUAGCAAUGCCGAUGGCACUCUCCCGCCUUUUGUCCAGCCUAGAGACCCCCAUGGGCUUGCUACCAGUUGCCCUCCCUCUACCCAGUCAGAAGAAUCCCAGAAAGCUGCCCAGGAGGAAGAGAGAAAAGACGGUAACAAUAAUCCAGGCCCAGUCACACCACCAAAGCUCCCCCGACAGGGGCGGCCUUCUCUGCGGCGGCCGCCACCACCUUCUCCCUUCUUACCGGCUCGUGGUCGUCGCCGCGGCCGUUCGCGUCUAGCACAAAACCCUAUUGGCCGCCCCUCUCUACAGCAGCCGCUACCCUUUCCCUUCUCGCCUGGUGGCGGCCGUCGCCGAGGACGCCCGCGUCUUGCAAGAAACCCUGUCGGCCGCCCCUGCAGACAACCGCCUUUUACAGAACGCACGCUCCGCGAAUUCGACAAGCCAUCUCCUCAAUUUACAGGGGCUGACAAGGAGUCGCCCCUUGACGAGGAAGACCUCGCCAUCAAGAUGGAAUUCGAUGAAGCACUUGCUGCAGAGAAGAUGCAGUAUUGCCCACGCUGUAAAAGGCGAUGGUUCGAUGUAGAGCUGAAGCCUGAUGGUGUUUGCAAGCAUUGCCACGAUAAAGAUGAUAAGAAGCGUGGGGAUGAGCCUUUCUUCUUUUCUGCCAACAACAACUUAGACUUUGGCUCUAUACCUCAAGACUUGCCCCGGCUAGAGCCAUUGGAAGAGAUGUUUUUUGCAAGGGUCCACGUCAGCGUCACUGUAUUUACAGUACGUGGUAGGGAUACGUGUAGCGAGGAGUAGCAACUAACAAAGUACAGGUUCGUGGGCAGCAGUACAAAUAUCGUGGGCAUGUUGUGCAUUUCUUGCGCGAUGUUGGCAAGG